AUGGACAAAACCUUCGCCAGUGCGCUUCGUCAUUCACGACUUGCCAGCUUUGAUCGCAAGCUUGCACAAGUGUAUACGACAUCGAAAAACUGCAAGCGCUCGGGCGAAUGGGGCCUUAAACGCAGUUUGCCUACCGUUGUACGCACACCUUACAUUACAGUCAGCGAUCUCGAUACAACUGAACAUCAAACACCAUGGCAAUCAGGCACCAGCCAGGUGUAUUUCGUGAGACGGUGGAAAGAGAACUUUGGUGGAUCGAAGCGACCUGUAGCACGCAAGGAGCAUGUGGAAUACAACGUGGCAGCCAUGACAGCUGGAGAAUUUAAGCACUAUGUCAAACGUAUGACUAAACGCGCUGGUGACUUUCAAGCCAAGAUUGCAAGCAAGGAAUUGGUGGAGGAUCAAGUAUUCGACUAUGUGGGUGCCACCUUUGACAUGGAUGGCAAUCGACAGCAGCGUGUGGUGGUGGGACCUACCUACAGCGAUCAUACCAUGCCACAUGGAUAUCCGGUGCAGGGUCGUAUCCUUAAUGCAGUCGAUGGUGGAUACGCUGUCGGUAUAGGCGGUGUCGUUGCAUUCCUUCCAAAAUCAUCAGCUGUCAAUUUACGUCGUAGUGGCGACAAGAGCGUACGCACGUUCUACGUGGAUAGCACUGGAUUCGAUGCUCAUGGUCGUCCACGCGUUAUUGUACGAUUGCAUCAACCUAUCACUGCAUCAUCCAUAAUUAGCAGCAACAACACACAGCCAUUAUCAUCCUCAGCAGCAGCAGCAUCCGUCACCCCUAUCGCUACUUCAACUACUACUACUACCACCUCUACCUCCUCCUCACAAUCACCAUCGUCAUCAUCACCAUCAUCAUCAUCAUCACCUUCCCAAUCCGAAGAUGAUAAAGAUAGAUUUGGAAGCAUGUUUUUGACCAGCAGUGAGGAUCCUAAUCCAAACCAUCAAGAAUUAAUGGAAAUGUUUUCAGAAUUGAUGAAAAAAAAGUAG